AUGCAUAUUCAUCAGCUUCAAAACGACACAGUUUCCAAUUCCGUCAAUCACCGAAUUCCACCGCCAUUCUUACCGGAAGAACUCAUCAGAGAGAUCCUCUCGCGGCUUUCAGUGAAGUCGCUUCUUCAAUUUAAACGCGUUUGCAAAUUAUGGAAAACCCUAAUCUCCGAUUCCCAAUUCGCAAAGAGCCAUCUUCAAAUCUCACGCAUCACCACCCAACAAUUGGUCUUUUCCGUUAUAGAAGAACCGUACAAAAUCGCAUCUUUCUCUUUGGAGCCAUUAUUUGAAAACUCAUCAACCUCUGUUGAACCUGUUACCCUCCGCUCCAUGAAGAAUAACCAGAGAUGUAUUAUAGGUUCAUGCAAUGGUCUUCUAUGUGUUUUUAACAGCUCUCAAAAUACUGUCAAACUGUGGAACCCUUCUAUCAGGUUCAAAUCCAACAAAUCUCCACAAGCUGUUUCGCCUGAUUGGCAUAUCAUGCAUUAUGGUUUUGGAUAUGAUCAAGUUAAUGAAAAGUACAAGGUGUUAUUAGUUGCGCGAAAUAAGUAUAAUUUUACUCAAUCUUUGACCAAAACUUAUACCUUUGGUGAAAAUAUUUGGAAAACUAUUCCGAAUUUUUCUUUUAGGCCCACUAAGAGGAUAGGAAAAUUUGUGAAUGGCACACUUAGUUGGAUGGUAUAUAAAGGUGGCCCUAAUAUUUUUGAUCAAUUCAUGAAUAUUUUUUCUUUUGAUCUAGAGAAGGAGACUUACAGAGAAAUGUUACUACCUCAAAUUGACGGUGAUAAUGUGCACAUUCAUCGUACACUAUAUGUUUUGAGUGACUGUCUUUGUGUGUGGGAUGUUAACGGUGUUGUGUGGUCAAUGAAAGAGUAUGGUGUUGUUGAGUCAUGGACUAAAUUAUUGAUUAUUCCUUACAAGAAAAUCAUCCUCCAGAAUCAACUUUAUUAUGUUGAACCCUUGUUCAUUUCAGAUAAUAGUGUUCUUCUCAUGAGAACAAAGUUUUCUCAGUUUCACCUACUUAACUUGUUUCGUAAUAAUGCAAAUCGAACUUCUUUUGUUGAACCCUUGGUCAUUUCAGAAAAUGGUGGUGUUACGCUAAUACCAGAAUCGUCUUCCGAACUUGUGUUAUAUAAUUCAAAUAGUGGCUGCUUGGAUCCUUUGAUAACUAUAACUAGCACACUUGGGCUCGAUCUACAUAUUCAUUGUGAGAGUUUGGUAUCACUGCAAUGGUAA